GUUAAAACCCUACUCCUCCUCGGCGUAGUAAAGAAUAAGAUUGUUGUGGCGGGAACAGUCCGCAACUACAUUAGGGCUAGUCUCUCGCCUUUUUUUCAUGAUAUUAUGGAGCAUUAGAUUUCUUGCAAAACACUUGCUAUUUAGGGUUCCUCGAAGUUUGGGUUAUAGAAUGUGUAUAUACUCUGAUCAUAUUCGUUUUUUUUUAUAAAUAAUGGUUUGCAGAAAAAUGAUCAGUGUGGAGGUGGGUGAUGGUUCAGAAGCCAGCAUUCAUCACAAGAGUAAGAGCAUUGGGGAUGUUGUCUUGUCUUGGUCAUUUGAGGAUGUCCUUAACGCAGAUCUUUACAAGGACGAGGUACAGAGCAUACCUCUUGAAUUUCAGUCGCCGUCUUCCUAUUUGAGAGCAUUUGCUCUCCCUCUUAUUGAGGAAUCCCAUGCUGAACUGUCUUCCAGCUUCGAUACUGUGUCAAAUGCAUCUGCAUAUAGAGUAAUGUCUAUUGAGGCUGAAAAGGAAGAGAUUGAGUUUGGUGGGCCAUCUAGCAAACCAAUCUUCACUAUUGAGACUGAAACAAAAGAGACUGCGAAUGAUGCCGUUUUGCAUGAGCCUGAGACAGGGGAUCUCAUUGCCUUCACAGAUGUAAUCCCAAAAGGUGCUGAAGAUCUCAAUAGGCCUACCAUGCCCUAUCUCAUCGCCUUAGUUCAGAGGGUGACAGAUAAAAUGGACUAUUUUAGGAUUCAGAUUCUAGCAUCAAAACACAUCUUGCUUGAACAAGGCAAUAAGCUACUCCGGGAAAAUAAAACUGUAUAUGCAAUUUUCCUUGCUAACCUAGUGACAAAUAUUCGCAUUUGGACUGCAUUGAACUUGAAGCCCGAAGGGAGGAACUUGAAAAUCAUUGAGAAAGUGCUGCAACCUAGUUAUUCUAGUAGGGAAAGAUGUAGUCAAUGCUUGAAAAAUGGAACAUAUUCUACUUCUAAAUGCCAACUACUUUCAUCCACUCGUGCGAUGAAUCUCAAUGAGUUCCAACAAGAGGCAGUAGAAAUAUGUUAUGCAAUGAAGUAUUGCCACCACGAGAGUACUACCAAACUAAUAUGGGGUCCUCCUGGAACAGGAAAAACAAAGACAACUUGUUCGUUAUUAUUUGUGCUAUUAAGUCAAAAAUGUAGAACACUCACUUGUGCCCCAACUAACAUAGCGGUAGUGGAAGUUGCUUCACGGCUUGUGAGACUGGUGAUGGACUCAUUUGACAGUCUUUCUUAUGGCUAUGGCUAUGGCUUAGGGGAUGUAGUUUUAAUUGGAAAUGAAAAAGGAUGAAAUUGAAUGAUGAAAGUGAACUUGUUCAUGUGUUUCUUGAUCACCGUGUUAUAGUUCUAAAAAGUUGCCUUGCUCCUAGAUCCGGCUGGAUUCAUUUAUUGGAUUAUUUGGUGUGCUUAGUCCAAGAACCCGAGCAUCAAUUUCAAUUGUACUUAAUGAAUGAUCAGCAUGAGGAAACUACUGAUGAAUGGUAUAAUAUUGAAGAUAAAGAUGGAAACUACGGUGAUGCAUAUGGUGCUAAGGAUACUGGCUUCAAAUAUGAGACGAACAAGAGGGUUUGGCAGGAAGUCGUUGCCAAAACUUCUAAACUAAACAAAAAGGAGUGCAGAACUGGCAGGCAGGGUUUCCAGAAUAAAAAAUAUGUUCCUAAGAAAGACCGAAAGCUUCCUAGAAGUGGAGUGAAAUUCAAAUUUGAAGAGUUCAUGAUAAAAAAAAUUGAACUGUAAAGCAGAGGCUAUGAAGUUUUGUGUUGUGAAUCUUAUAAGUCACCUACCGACGUCGCUCCUACCUAUAGGAGUGGCAAAUGACAUGACAAAAGCUUUAAUGUUAUUGGGGUAUCUUCAUAAUUUACUUUGUAGAUGUGUGGUUGCUGGUGGUAACUUGAGAGAAGUCCUAGUUAAUAAAAGAGGUGAGCAACAGAAUGCUAAUGGAUGUAGUGAGCUGGAACGGGUAAGACAUGAGUGUGUGCAUAUACUCAAAUCUCUUCCAAAGCGUUUCUUUGUCAAGGCAGAUGAAUAUUCAAUGAGAGAAGAAAUCGUGUAGAGUUCAUGCUUGCUUUUCUGCACUGCCUCAUCAUCUAUCAAAUUACACUCUACAGAAGUGGAGUUGUUGGUGAUUGAUGAAGCUGCCCAGCUCAAAGAAUGUGAGUCAACCAUUCCUUUGCAAAUCCCUGGUCUUCGCCAUGCCGUGCUUAUUGGGGAUGAGCAGCAACUGCCUGCAUUGGUCAAAAGCGAGAUUUGCAAAGAGGUCUGUUUUGGAAGAAGCUUGUUCCAGAGGUUGGCAUCACAAGGUUACAAGAAGCACCUUCUCAGUCUCCAGUAUAGAAUGCAUCCAGCAAUAAGCUUAUUUCCAAACAAGGCAUUCUACCAAAAUAGAAUUUUUGAUGCUCCAAGUGUCAAAAGUGAAGCAUAUGAGAAGAGUUUUCUGCAAGGCGACAUGUAUGGAACUUACUCUUUUAUUGAUGUGCGUUGUGGAAAUGAAGAAGUGAUAAAUGGGCAUAAAAUUAGGAACAUGGUUGAGGUAGCAGUUGUUUGUGAAGUAGUUGCAAAUCUCUUUCAAGAAUGUGCCAGGUGGAAACAAAAGGUCACUGUUGGGAUUAUAUCACCAUAUGCUGCCCAAGUAGAUGCAAUUAAAGAGAACAUUGGAACUGCAUAUAAUACGUACGCAUAUAAUGGCUUUUCUGUUGAUGUGCGAUCUGUAGAUGGGUUUCAAGGAGGUGAGAAGGAUAUAAUUAUAAUAUAAACUGUGCGAUCUAAUGGGAGUGGAUCUGUUGGCUUCCUUACUAGCAGUCAAAGGGCGAAUGUUGCUCUGACUAGAGCGAGGCACGCUUUAUGGGUUAUUGGCAAUGGGACAACUCUUAGAGGCCGUGAUUCUAUUUGGAGACAAGUUGUUAAUGAUGCUAAGACUAGGCAGUGUUAUUAUGAUGCUUGUCAAGACAGAAAUUUGGCCAAAGCCAUGGCAGCUUCAUUGGUAGAUCUUGACAUACUUGAUAUCAGAAUCUAUCUAGAACGGCGACUGUUCAAAACAGAAAAUUGCCAGGCGAUUUAUGUCCACGACAACUUUAGGAAAUCAAUGGCAAAGAUAAGUAACAUCGGUGUCCGUAAAAAGGCCAUAUCUCUACUAAUGAAGGUUUCAGAUGGUUGGCAACAACAGCAGCCUCAGAGUAACCGCCACCUCCAUCUAACAAAAGAUAUGCAGACUGAGCCAUUGCUUUAUGAGAUUUAUGGCCUUGUUUAUAUUCAUGCAACUCUUGACACCGCGAUGGUACCUUCCAAGUUUACUCAAGUCAUCAAUGUCUGGGAUAUACGGCCAUUAGUUGAUGAUAACAAUAACUAUAAAGAUCCUCUGCUGCAAUUAUGUUUGCAAUUUGCUGCCCUCUCUCUUAGAGGAUAAACCCUGACUAUAUAACUGGACGUCUGGGUGCAACUGUGCAGGUUUGUUGAAAGAUUUCUUUAGAGCAGAGCGUAUAUAUACGCAAAAUUUAUGAGUCAAUGUUUAACAAGUGUCAAAUAGGAAAAAAGUUCUUUAGAUAAUGGCUAAUCUUCUUUUUUUCGAAUGAUCAUUAUGAAUUUCUUGACACCUUACCAUAAAUGAAUAUAAAUAUGAUGUACGUUCAUAUUAAUUUAAAUUGAAAAAAAAAAACUUGGUGAAUCU